GAUUACGAUACACUAGAAGCCGGACAGAGGGCAGUGAAGAGAAAUGAUGCCUGGGGCUUGCUCCAUAUUCCAGCCAAUUUCAGUAUGGAUUUAGGUGCCCGGCUCAGCAAGGGUCACAACGUCGAGGAAGUUUUCCUGGAUGGCAGCGUUGUCGACGUUUGGCUCGACAUGUCCAAUCAUAUUAUUGGAUAUCAAAUGAAACGAGAAGUCGUAAGUAAUUUCGUCGAUGCAGUGAAGGAGCUAUUGGCGGAUUGCGGCGUUGACACGAAAUACGGAAGUAUUCCAAUUAAGUUCAAUGAGGCAAUUUAUGGGGAAAACAACAUGCCGUUUGUCAAUUACUCAUCUCCCGCCAUUCUUUGCUUGUGUGCUUUCUAUCUUCCGGCUAUUUACAUAGGAGCAAAUAUCAUGGCAGAGAAAGAAGGUGGCAUCAUCGAAAGAACCUUAGUGGCAGGAGUGAAAACGAAAGAAAUCAUCCUGGCCCACGUGACUAUUGAAAUAGGUUUCCUGACCUUACAAACUGUGUCCCUAAUGUUCGUGGCUUACGUAGUCUUUCAUAACCCAUUUGUAGGGGACGGUCUAUCGAUAGCACUACUCCUCACCUGUAUCGGAAUCAACGGCAUGAUGUUCGGUCUCCUGCUCUCAGUUAUAUGCUCAUCGCAGACAGACGCUGCAUUUUUUGGUGUUAGUACAAAUUUCCUAUUGAAAUUCAUAUGUGGUCUCCUUUGGCCGGUGGAAGGUAUGCACGGGUCGUUGCGAUCGAUCAGUAUGUUCCUGCCUCUGACCCUCCCGGUGGAGGCUUACCGAGCUUUGUCCAUCCGAGGUUGGGGUCUCACCAACAAAGUCGUCCUCGCUGGAUUCGCCUCCUCAAUAGGAUGGACGCUCUUCUUCAUUGCUCUAAUCAUCAUAAUCUGUAGAUAUAAGAGGGAUGUCUGGGUGGGGAAACAAUAAACUGUACAAUGUA